AUGACUGACGACCUUCUGCUUCGUCCCAUUUUUCACCGGACCAAGAAGUAUCCAACCGAUUGCCCGAAACGACUCCUUGCAACGCGGGAGCGCGUGUUCACAAACUCCGUCAAGUCUGUGAACGUUGGGUCCCCGCCACUCGCAGACAUCUUAUCUGGCACCUCAAACCAUUUGCACUGCAAUGGCGAGGGAAUAGAACGCACAAUUCUCUCUACAACCGCUAAAUCACCAAAAACGUGUUCCACAGUUGUACCUGGAAAGCAAAUGGGAAAAGAAUUAGUAGAACAGGGUACGAUGUUGUGCUUUGGGCCGACUCCACACUUUUGCUGCGGUUGCGAUGAAAUCUACUCUGGGCCUAUGGCGUCAGCCGGCCCAAGCACUCUAAAUGUGACGGCACCGUCGCACCCUCCGGCAGGGCACACAUAA